AGGCCUGGGUAUGGGAGGUGGAGGAGGUGGUCUUGGGAUGGGAAUGGGUGGACAUGCCCUGGCUCUAGGAGGAGGUGGUGGCGGGGCAGCAGGGUUCAGGGCUGGAGUGGCCCCACUCAGGGCUCACUUGGGUGGCCGCGUCUUCAAGAUCAGAGGCAACCCGUCCUUUCUGAGCUCCACCACCGCAGUGGGUGGUGACGUGGGUGGUCUCAGCCCCGUGCCCAGCAUCGACCCCUCGCUGCCCUCCCUCGACACAGUCCAGGUGACCCGCCUAAAGAAAAAAGGAGGAGCUGAAGGUUUGCCACCUUUAUUGACAAGCAUUAUGUUGAUCAGUAUUCCAUCUACCCAUCAACAUCCUCCACACCCCAAUCCUGCUCGCUCUCUGGAGCAGACCAACGCUGUGCUGAGGGCCAAUAUCUCCAUGUUCACCAACCCGGGGGAGGGCGGCCCUACCUACAAGACCCAAAUCGAUGGCCUGUCCACCACCAAGGAGGCCAUUAUCACCGAGAUCGAGCACUACAAGAGCCUCAUCGACGACGUCCAGAGCAGAUUUGAGGAGACUGCCCAAACCAAGUCAUUAGAGAUGGACUGGACCACAUUAAAAGAGGAGGUGAACAACCUCUACCUCAGCAUUUUCGAGCUUCAAACCAACAUUGGUGGACUGGAAGAUCAGAUCGGUCUCUCAAAGUAGGUGUAUGAUGCUGUGAGUACAUGAUGACAUAACUAUUUUACUGAAACAUUCCAACAUUCUCGCUAAACUUGCAAGGCGGGUGGUUCAGUGCACAUUUAGGCUCUCAAAAAUUAGCAAACAUGAAAACAGUGAAGCAUGUUUUCCACUUGGUAUACUUUCCCAGCAAUAGUUUUAUUCAAAUUCUACAUAUGCACCGUUCCUUAUCUGCUCCUGUACUCAACCAGUAAAAGCAUUACUUCCCGAGUCUUCUGAAGAUGGUCCCCUGCCCAGGCGCUGCAUUAAAAUGUCUCCCCAUCAAUUAUGGAGAUUUAGACAAGCUGAGAGCCAGCACUCAGCACCGCUGCUGGUCUCUCUCUCACUAAAUCACCACUGCAGAACCUGACCUUCCAUAAGUGUUCACAACAUUAAGAAUUUACAUUACAGAUCCUGUGUGACUCUCUCUGUACACUUUCUGCAUCCUUAAAAACAGCUUCAUUUUGGUACACAGGAGGGACAAUAUGGGUCGGUAAGUGCAACAAAAACAACACUGUUACAGUAUUAAUGGGGAUCAACAAAGAGCAGGGAACAUUUACCAAAGUCAUAUUGAACCGUGUUCAAAUAAAGGCUACAUGCCCAAUGUGUUUCCAGAGUUCAGUUGUGACUGUAAAUCACUGCUCAGAUAGUGGUAUGAACAUUAAACAAUAGCUUUAUUAUAUGUUGUCAUAUCCACAAGGUUAAAACAAUUGCACAGACAUUACACAUUUCCUGUUGCGCUUUGUGUUGUAGAAAGUGAAGGAGGUGAGGAACAUUGUGACAGGUAGUGUGAGGUCAGCCUUCUCCAUCGCCGUGGACAACGCAGACCAGGCCCAGGACAUGACCUAUGCCCUAACGGACAUCAAGGCCCACUACAAAGCCCUGGCCCAGCAAGCAGGAUGCCCUGGUGUCUGUGCAGGACAGUGUAUUUACCCUGCAGUGACCUACAGUAGUAUAUUGUCUCAAUUGGUCAAGCUAGUAUUAUGUUAACGCAAUAUAAAGUUAUCUGAAGUCUGCCAGGCAGUAUCUACCUAUAACUGAUUGCAAACACCAGUACAUCCAUUGUCAUUCUUAUACCAGAUUCGUUCCCCCUCAAGUGGAUGUUCUUAGUAUUGCACUCAGAAUAUGCUGUAUGUUUUACCCUACACGGGACUGUUUCUGUUAAAACAUUGUCAUCCAACCCCAAAUGUUACACUAAGACUGGUGAUGGCACAUCUCCUUUUUCUCAUUUCCAACCCCAGCUCUCCAUGACAUCCCAGACCAAAGAGGAUCUGCGCGUGUGCAGAUGGAGAGGCUCAAGACCCUGGUAGGAUUAUUAUCUUGAAGAUAAUCUGAGCUGUUGAUUUCAUUAAGUAUCCCAGUAGUAUCUCGUGGAGCAGCUAACCAAAUUCCGCACAAUUUUAGUUCUGGGUUAACCAGAACCUGAUAAAUGCUCACCACAGUGUUAAAUAAUCAGACCUCUCCCGUUGUAGAACAUCCAGUUGGAUGAGGCAGAGUACCACUCCAGCUCCCACAGACCUAGCAGGAGCAGAUGCUGACCCUCAAGUCGGGUACACAGCUGUUAGAAAACAGACUGAUUUCAACCCUGAUAUGAGGCACUUUCAUGUGCAGCAUAACCCAUGAAUCAUGCUCUUCUUACAGCAAAUAACACACUAUAGUCAAGAGUACCAGGAACUCCUGUCCAGUAAAAUGUCUCAAGAUCACCAUACAAGAAGCUCCCAUACAUCACCCACAACCAUUUAAGCAUUGAUUGAAGUUCUACAUCUAUUUGUGAUGUGUAUAAUUUCAGACUGAAGUCCGACACGGUCACGCCGGCAGCAGCUACAUGUCCUCCAGCCUGAGCACAGCUCCCAUCUCUAUGAACUAGUAUUGUGUAUCCUGAAAAAUUAUUUUAAUAAGUAAUCAAAAUGUCAAGAUAUUGUGGAAAAACAUGUUAUUUCUAGAUUUGCUGUACUAUGUUCUUUCUAUUUGGGGUUGAGUAUUUUACCUUUGAGGUGCAACGCAGACCGUUCCUCAUUGCACCACUUUCUCUUCCAGUCUCAAUAUACUGAGGACAGACCAGAGAAUCUGCCUACAGAGACCCAGCUCCAUAGGGUUGAGAUGGAACCUUGUUUUGGCAGAAUUACUAACAACCCAAUAAAGUGAACACUGUCCCAAA